AUGCCCAACUUCCCUCAAUCGAGGACUAUGAGCAGUGUCAAAAGAGUCACAGAAGAUUAUCAGUCUUACUUGCCAUGGAUGGUCCUCGCGAACGCCAUGUUGUUCAGCACUCUCUUGUGCAUUAUCAUCGCAUAUUUCGUUGGCCCCACUCUUUUGCGCUUGUAUUGCGCUUGUAUUGCGCUUGCAUCAUGCGAAGAAUGGGGAUCGGAAACCGUCGAGCCACACAUAGCAUCCCCCAGCAAACUACAUCUCGACCACAAUCACGACAGUAAUCGUGACGACUUCACCGACCGGGAUUCAGACCCCGAAACCUCCCGCAUGACUUGGCCUGCAUUCAUGCCCAGCUCCAUCAACCCCUCCGACUUCCGCCGGCUAUGGCGGUUGUUACCGAGCGGUUUUCCCCGUCAAGCAGCAGCGCACCACGAACUCUGUGGCGUCCGUCUGAAUUUCUCUAUGCCGCACGUAACGAGCACGCUAACGCAACGCACUAUCUACCCCACCUCUCUGUCUACGUCGUUCCGCCCAAUCCACCCUCCCGCCUUCUCCCCUCCUAUCGCCCCCUCCCCCUCCCACCUCCCACUUCCCAAUUUUCACUCUUUCUCCACCCAAACCCAAACCCAAAGCAUCGGCCUCGGCGGCGGUUCCCUCGUCCGUCAAGACUCCACCACAGGCCGCGUCACCAUCGGGCCCGACUCGGUCGGAUAUCGGAUAACGGACGAGGCGCUCGUAUUCGGGGGGAAGACUCUGACCGCGACGGAUGUGUCUGAUGGUGAGGGAGCGUCGGAGAAGGCUGAGGCUGAGGGAUUGGUGGAGAAGGCGCAGGAGAGGAUCCGGGUGAUGUUGGAGAAUACGUUGGACGCGAUGAAGACGUCCCAGGCGGAUCUGCCGGUUUAUCUGGUCGGUGGGGGGUCGAUCCUGAUAAAGGAGGGGGUGAGGAUGAGGGGGUUGAGUAGGGUUUGUAGGUUUGGGUGGUUUGAUGUGGCGAAUGCGGUCGGAGCGGCUAUAGCGCAGAUCUCAGGAACAAUAGACACCGUCGCCGAUAUCUCCACCAAGCCCAUGGCCGAAGUGCGCGCGUCGAUCGAGAAACAGGCGAUCGAGAAAGCGACAGAGGCGGGUGCGGAUGCUGAGAAGGCCUCUUCCACCUCCGCUCCCACUUCCACGACCCCGGCAAACAAAGUAGAGAAAGUGAAGGAGGAAAUGAAAGAGGCGGUGGAGACGUUCGGGGAGAAGGUGAAAGGGGUGUUCCAUCACAAGACUGCUCCCAAGGAGUCGAAGGGCGCAAACGAGGGUGCGAAGGAGAUGAAGGAGGUAGACGAUGAUCUCGAAACUGCCCAAGCGAUCUUGGACUACAAACCGCGCAUCACCGCUUCCAUUUCGAAUGCAAAGAAACUGGAAUGGCACAUCUCGGCGACGGACCUGGCCUGGAUUGCGGAGGGGUGCUACGUGCUCGGGUGUGGAGGAGGCGGCUCGCCGCAUCAUGUGUUCUUGCAGUUGAGGGAGGCGGUGAGGGCGGGGGAGGGGAUCAGGGUCGUUGAUCUGGGGUAUUUCGAUGAUGAGUCUUCCGGUGAAGUCGAAAAAGAGGGAGGACUGGUGGGGUGGGGUGGAGGGAUGGGAAGUCCGGAGGUUUCGUCGGAGAGGUUGUUGGGUGAGGAGUAUGGACAGGCGAUGGAGGAGUUGUUGGAGUUUAUGCGGAUCGAUAAGCAGAGGUUGAAGGCGUUGGUAGCGCUCGAGAUCGGAGGCGCGAACGGGAUGAUCAACAUGACGCUCUCUUCCAGCGGAUGUAUGAACAUUCCCAUCCUCGAUGGUGAUUUCAUGGGCCGCGCAUACCCAACGGGCUGGCAAGUGACGCCGAACGUGUAUGAUCCCAGCGAACGCUCGCUCAACAUCCUUCCCGCUGCUAUCGCGAGCGGAGAUGGGAAUUACAUGGUGAUGACGAAAGCGAAGAAGAGUAUGGACGUUGAUUCGGCGUUGAGGGCUGCGUGUUGCGAGAUGGGAACGCACGUAGGAUUCGCGAACAAACCCCUCCCCAUCGCAGGAUCUCUCCUUCGUACCUCCAUGAUCCGCAACACGGUCUCUCUGUCUUGGCGAUUGGGAAGGGCGCUCGCUUUGGCAUCCAAAGGUGGGAAUAUUGGGAAUGUGGGCAAGGUCCUCGUCGAUGCGCUGGGUGGCGAGAAGACGGGAGAAUUCUUUUUGGUGGCAAGAUCGUCGACGUUACGAGGAGGCCACACGAUCGGUGAAGUCCACAUCGCGGCCUUGGCGGUGGACGACGAGGAUGUGGACGAUGAGGUAGAAGGUCAGGUACAGAGGUUCGAGGGGACGACAGUCAUCCCGUUCAAGAAUGAGAAUUUGUAUGCGGAGGUGGAUCAGGGUGAUGGGAGCGGUAAGAAGAUCGUAGCGACCGUGCCCGACCUCAUCGCCGUCCUAGACGCCCAGUCAGGCUGUGCGCUCCGAACACCAGACUACAAGUACGGCCUGAGGGUGUUGGUGCUCGGUAUCACGGCCGCGCCGCAGUGGACGAGUACGGCGAGGGGAUUGGAGUUGGGCGAUUUGAGGGCGUUUGGGUUCGAGGGCAUCCCGUGGUGUGCCGCUGGGAGAGUAUGUCCAGCCGAAGAGCGUGAUUGA